UCUCCUUUAGAAAGAAACGAGAGAACAUAUUCGUGUUUUCCUUAAAAAAAAAAAAGAAAAAAAAAUAAAUAAAGAACAUAUUCGUGUGAUUGAUUGAUUGAAUCAGUAACAGUUGGCUGUUUGGGAAUUUCGUUCUUCGAAAAGCACGUUAUACUUUUUUACUCUCACUGACCACUUUCUGAAACUCAUCACCAGAAGCCAUGGAUGAACCUCCUGCUCAACCCCAAGAGUAUCUCGAUGUUCUCACCAAAACUGGCCAAAACACCAGAGUUCGCAAACUCAGGGGGGAUGUUCAUAGAGAUGGGGAUUAUCAUCGAGCUGUUCACGUUUGGAUUUAUUCUGAAAGCACAAAUGAGCUGCUGCUUCAGAAACGUGCUGACUGUAAAGAUUCAUGGCCGGGCCAGUGGGAUAUCUCCAGCGCAGGUCAUAUAUCUGCUGGUGACUCUUCCCUCAUAACAGCAAGGAGGGAACUUCAGGAAGAGCUAGGUGUCAAUCUUCCAGAGGAUGCAUUUGAAUUGUUAUUCGUUUUUCUUCAAGAGUGCAUCAUUAAUGAUGGAAAUUAUAUCAAUAAUGAGUAUAAUGAUGUUUAUUUGGUGACCACCAUAGCUCCUAUCCCUUUGGAGGCAUUUUCUCUUCAGGAAUCAGAAGUAUCAGCUGUCAAAUACAUUUCUUGUGAUGAAUACAAAAGUUUGCUGGCGAAGGAUGAUCCUGACUAUGUCCCUUAUGAUGUAAAUGGUCAAUAUGGGGAGCUCUUUAACUAUAUUGCACAAAGGUACAAAGAGAAUGUGGAAGAACGGAGUUUAGCUCUUCAAAGGCAACUCAAUCGUUAUGCACCUAUUCCCCUUAGUGCAGAGCUUGGUGGGAUUAGUGACUCUGAUAAAGAAGCUCUUGUGUUGGUUCUUAAAGCUGCAAUGAUAAUGGAUGAUAUAUUUCACCAGCAGGUUUGUGCUAGCAAUCCGGCGUUGAGGGAUUGGUUGAAGGAGCAUGCUGAUACCUCUCCCUUAAAUAAGUUGAAAUGGAAGUACUUUGGUAUUAAUAAAAGUCCAUGGUCGUGCCUAGAUGAAAACCAGGCAUUUCUAAGUACGGCUGAUUCUGCAAUUAUAAUGCAUUCUCAUGCCACAAAACUGGUGUCUGGCUGGAAGGGACUUGAGUAUAAAGCUGCAUUUCCUCUAGCAAAGUCACCUGGUGCAAAUUUUUAUCCUUCAGAUAUGGACAAACUGGAAUUUGAAUUAUGGAAAAAUAGUCUUUCUGAGGAUGAAAGACAAGAAGCGAUGGGCUUUUUUAAUGUCAUAAAAAGACACAGCGGAGUCACAGAUACCCCAUCUGAUGGGGGCAAUGCUGAUCAAUCUAUCCAUGAUCUUUACUGUGUCCCAUUUUCUCAAGAGUAUUGGUCUUAUCUCACAAAAGCUUCAGAAUUGCUUUAUAAAGCAGCGGAACUAACUAGCUUUUCUAACCUGAAGAAGCUGCUGUACAGUAAGGCUGACGCAUUCCUUUCGAAUGAUUAUUAUGAUUCUGACAUAGCCUGGAUGGAAUUGGAUUCAAAACUGGAUGUAACCAUAGGACCAUAUGAAACUUAUGAAGAUGCACUUUUUGGAUACAAGGCUACAUUUGAAGCAUUUAUUGGAGUUCGAGAUGAUGAUGCUACAGCUAAACUAAAACUUUUUGGUGAUAAUUUAUUGGUUUUGGAGCAAAAUCUUCCAAUGAAAGACACAUUCAAAUCCAAAGAUGUCACAGCCGCUCCAAUUCGUGUCAUCCAGCUUCUUUACAAUGCUGGGGAUGUGAAGGGACCUCAAACUGUUGCAUUUAACUUACCAAAUGAUGAACGCAUUGUGAAAGAUCGUGGUACUUCAAUGGUGAUGCUUAAAAAUGUCUCAGAGGCAAAGUUCAAGCAUAUUCUUUUUCCAAUAGCCGAGGGAUGCAUAUCAAAGGAGCAGCAAGAGCUUGUUGACUUUGAUUCAUUCUUCACUCACACAAUAUGUCAUGAAUGCUGUCAUGGAAUUGGUCCUCAUAGCAUAGUGCUUCCAGAUGGUCGGAAAUCAACAGUGAGAUUGGAGCUUCAAGAACUGCACUCUGCAUUAGAAGAAGCAAAAGCAGAUAUAGUAGGCCUUUGGGCACUAAAUUUUUUCAUCAGUCAGAAUCUACUUCCGUCAAGUUUGUGCAAAUCAAUGUAUGUUUCCUUUCUUGCGGGAUGCUUUCGCUCCGUGCGCUUUGGGUUAGAUGAAGCCCAUGGUAAGGGACAAGCGUUGCAGUUUAAUUGGUUAUUUGAGAAAGAAGCAUUUAUUCUGCAUCCUGAUGGGAGGUUUAGCGUUGAUUUUGACAAGGUUGAAGAUGCUGUUGAGAGCUUGUGUAGACAGAUAUUAACCAUACAAGCUACUGGUGACAAAAUUGCUGCCAGUUCACUUCUUGAGAAGUACUGCAAAAUAACCAAUCCAUUGCGACUUGCAUUAGACAAGUUAGAAAGUGCAGAGGUACCAGUUGACAUAACUCCAACAUUUACCACUGCAAACCAAUUAUUGCAUGGAAGGCCCUGAAACCUGCUAGAAAUUUGUUGAAUAUAUGCUCCAAUACUUGAAGUCUCAUGCUUUACAAUUGUGGUAAACUGUUGCUGCUACAUUUUCUCUCUGGUACCAGAUUACUGCAACGCUUGAAGUCUUGAUAUGCCUCACAAUUGUGGUAAAAUGUUGCUGCUUCGUUUUCCCUCCAAUACCAGAUUAUACAGAGAUUGUUUUUAUUCUAUGAUCUCAAGCUUGGAUAUUGGUUUUGGUUUGGUUGCUUUGCCUGCAUAUUUAUCCCUAAGCUAACAAUAAUGCUAUGGCUUUAUCCCUAGUCAUUUGAUAAGGACCUUAAAUUAUCCUAUGACAGUGUUGAUGUAAAAAAAUAAUUAUCCAAUAGAAGUUGCAAUAAAAAGUUGGCUUGCUUUGUUUUACAAGUUACAUGGUCA